UCACUCCUUUGGCUAAUCUUUUCUGAAGGAAAGCUGAGUGGCCGCUGAUGGGUCGUCCGCUGGUGUUGGGAAACUUCGCUCGCAGUUUUGCUUCUUCUAGCUUCUCAAUGUCGUUCGAAGACAUCUGUGUACAAAAUAUGAUAAUGGAAAAAAAGCUCUGAACGAAAUCCAACUCAACAACACGAACUCAAAUGUUCGUUAAAGAAAUACAUAUAUGUAUAUACAAUACCUUGUCAACAAUGAUGCCAACCAAGAUUACGUAGUUGGUGAAUAUUUGAAAUAAGAUCGUGUCGUUGAUCCUCGAUGAUCCUAAGCGUGUCGGCUAUCGCAGUUGUAAAUGUUUGUUACAACCAAUGUUACAACUUGCAAUAAACGUAAUAAUGGAAGAUAAUAAAGAGAUUGAAAAGUGGCUUACUCACAUGAAUUUUGACGGCAGUUAUUCAGCAGUUCCAAAUGUAACGAUAGAAAAACAGCAGCAGCAACUCUCCGAAGAUGUCAAGCAACAAACAACUAAUUCAAAUUUACAUCACCUGCGGAAUGCGAUUAAUGAGACAAGCGCAGAGGGAACCGUACUUGGGAAGGAGAUUUCAGAUCUGAUGAACAAGCUUCAAAUAAACCCUCAGAGUUUAGCAAACGAUGUUAGAGAUAGCCUGCUUAAAAUCUCAUCCGUCUUGAAGACAGAGAAAUUAACAGAAGUAGAUGAAACAGCUUUGAUCAUAGCAAUGGAACGGAAAAAAUUGAAAGAAAUGAAGCAACGUCGAAAAGAGAGGGAAUUAAAAGCCAAGUAUCAAGAACUUUUGCACAGGCAUUCCAUCCUUGAAAAAAAAAUCUCUUACCUCCAAGAAAAUGUUGAUCUACUCCAUAACGCCGUUACCGAUAAAGAAACCAGGUACAGAAAUGAUUUUUCUAAUUAUAAAUAUAUGUCUACAAAAUUGAUGGAGUAUAGUAAAACUGCAGAUUCCAUGGAAUCUGAAAUAGAAUCUCUGAAUCUUGAAGAAUUAGAGCCAAAUAAGAUAUUGAAUAAGUACAGCAUUCUCUUAGAGAAAAAGGGUCAAUUAGCACAGCUAAACCAUGAUUUGAAACCAUAUAGCAAUCUGCCGCCAAACUUGUUACAGGCCAAAGCAAUGCUAGAAAUCAAGGAAUCUGAGCACAAGAAGUUAUCUGAAAAGCUCAUGGGUAUUAAUCAUUGAUGUUUGUAUCACCGCCAUCAAAAUCUUAUCGAAUCAUUUCUCAUUUUCGUACCAGUGUCAUCUGUAAUCAUUAAAGUACAGAAAAACUAGGUUUAAGGCUGAAGGAUUAUUCAGGCGGAUAAAAAUGUCAUACAUCAUCAUCGACGAAUUGUUUAAAAGUCUAUAUUAUAUCGUUAACACUUCUUACAAAUUUUCUUUGCUGGGCAUAAAGGAGAAAUAUCUAAUCACAUACUAUUAUUCACUUGUACUUCAUCAUUCUGUAUUCACAUCCAAUUUAAUUUAACCACCAUCACGUUUCAUUGUAUAAAGAAUAAUUCUAAAACAAAAUAUGUGGUGAAAUGCAAUGAUUGAUUAAAAAAUUAUUGAUGAUUUAUUUAAAAUGAAUUCUAUAUUACAUCGUCCAGCCAGUCUAUUUGUAAGAGGGAUUUGUUGUAUGAAUACAUACUAACUUUUAAUUGCUAAAUAUAGUUACAAAUAGUUUAGAAUCCAUA